UCAAACCGGUGGUUGUUGAUAUAUUUACCUGAGUAUCAAAUUUAAGUGUGUGCGUGCUAAGAAAUAAAUAUCAGAAUUGAAUAAACAUUGUGUCAUAGUUGCCAGAUUCAGCACGCCAAUUUACAGAUGAACUUUAGAUCAAUACGGAAUACUUUUACGUCGAUUUUUGUCUUUUAUUACUGCUUUACUAACAUCCGACUGAAAAAUAACAGUUGAUGUGUCACCAGUAAGGAACAAUGUCUACAGGAGCGGCUCUAACUGAACUGCAGAAGGACAUACAGAAGAAGAAACUGCCCAGUCUCUUGGACCGGAAGUUUGAAAAAGUUGCAGGGUGUGACAAUGAAGAGGGGGACUUCUCUGUCAUGCAAUGGAAUGUUUUGGCUCAAGCACUGAGUGGAGGAGAUGAUAAUUUUGUUCUGUGUCCACGUGAGGCCCUCUCGUGGGAAAAUCGCCAGCUACGCAUACUGGAAGAAAUCUAUCGCACCAGUCCUAGCAUUCUGUGCAUGCAAGAGGUAGACUGCUUCUCCUUUCUGAAAAAUAAGUUAAGCUCACUGGGCUAUGAAGGAGAGUGGGUGCAGAAACCAUCCUCUCCUUGUAUGGAAAUGGAGAAUAAUAUGGGGCCUGAUGGCUGUGCUCUAUUUUAUCGAAAAGAUAAAUUCCAACUGCUACAAGCUAAACAUGUCAACCUUAAAAAAAAUGGGAGAGAAACAAAUCAGUCUGGCCUUGUUUGUAAACUCAAGUUCCAGGAUAACGACCACCUGAUAUAUGUGGCAGUAAUUCAUUUAAAGGCAAAGUCUGGUUACGAAGAGCUGAGGCAUCAACAGGGGAAAUACCUGCUAGAAUAUCUGGCGAAGGAAUCUGGUCCAGAACCCAUUAUAGUGUGCGGUGACUUCAACGCUAGCACAAAAGAACCCGUGUAUAAGGACUUCAGUGACAGUGAGCUGGGAUUGAAAAGCGUGUACAAGGAGAGUUCAGCCGAUCAGAAGGAACCCAAGUACACCACAUGGAAAAUCAGGGCAGGGCCGGAUGGAGGAAAUACGGAGAGCUGCAAGACAAUAGAUUACAUAUGGAUCCGAGGAAACUUGAAGCUGACGUCGGUCCUCAGUAUACCUAAGGAUGAAGCCAUCGGUCCGAAUCGACUGCCAAGCUACCAGUACCCAUCUGACCAUUUUGCACUGGCUUGCAAAUUGCUGUUCACUUAGUUAUUAUAUUAUGGUAUAUUCUAAUUUAUUAAGAAGUACUAGUAGAAAAAAAUCUAUGGUAUAUUACUUACACCAGUAUUACAUAGUUUUCUAUUUAAAUAUUUUGAUAUUAUUUUACAGUUCAUCAUAGUAAAAGUAGAUUUUAUACUGCAAUGCUGUUUUCUCUUUGACCCACCCUUCAUAGUUCAUAAUUCUUGCAAUUAUCGUAGAUACAUAUCAACUCUUAAUUUACAUAAUGUUAAUAACUGGUAUAAUCCCCUCUUCCCACCCAUUGUUUUACAUACAUCAUUAGAAAAUAGUAUUUAUUUAACAUUUAUUUUAGUGCAUUUAUUCAUGGCUAAACAAUUGUGGUAGUGAGUAAUGGUUUUAACUCAAUUCAACAUUUCUCUUAUUUAUGAAUCUCAAAGCAUGUACUUGUAUAUAUGCUGCAAACACAAGACAACUAAAAUCUCAGGCUAUGAGUCUUGAACUUUUUUAAAAUUUAUUUUUUUUUGUGAGAAAAAAAAUCCUCAUCAAACACUAAGCUACUAGCUGAUUCUCUAGCUGCUAGAGAAUCAGCUGAUUAUUAAAUAUCAUUGAUUUAUGGCAUUAAACAUGUCUGCUUAUUUAUGUCAAGUUUUUAUAAAUGUGUUGCAUUGUAUUGACCAGUAAUAUUGCCCUCUUCUCAAGUGACUAAUUUCAAUCUCUUUGUUAACAACUAAUUGAAUUAGUUUUGGAAAAUUUUGUUUUAAUUAAUCUAGAAACAAAACCAAUGAUGUUUUCAUUGCACUUGCUACUCUCAUUCUUAUGGAAAUAAACAAUAUUCUUCUAACUGA